GGUUAAGGUUUUUGUACUUUGGAUACUUUUUCCUUGUGAUGGAUAAGUUAUUGGUGGUGUUUGUUGUUUUAUCUAGCUUAGAAUAUUAUGGAUGUAAGUAUUCCUUUUUUAUAUGGUUAGUAAAAGAUAAGGAUCGGAUGGUAUUACGGCCUCAGAAACAGAAAACUUCAAUGCAAGUUAAAGGCAGUACCGGACAAUCUUGUUGAAAUUUUGUAAUACCAAGGAUGUGAAGUAAAAAAUAUCGUAUGUCGAGAACUUUUAUAAUGUAUAAGGUCAUUCAGAAUAAAUACCAACGUGUCAUUCAGGUGACAAGUAGUAAGAAGAAAAUAUAAUGUUGUCAGUCCAGGUGGUUUUGUUCAGGUUGUUUAUUCUGAACAGCAAAUGUUUUCAGCAAACUAAUUAUUUUCGAAUUACGAUAGGCUAAAGUUCAAAGAUUCCUCUACAAGAUGCCCAGUUGGAAUUAGUCAUUAUUUAAUACCAAAAUAACUCUUUUCAAUUGUUAAUUAUGAAAAUUAAAAUUGUGCAUAUUUGUGGUUACUUUAUAAGUAUUUCGAAAAGGGUUAACCAAAGAUAACUCACUUUGUUGAUUGAUGGUAUAGUGGCAUGGUGUAUAGAAUGUAAGUGUUAUUUUUUUUAAUAUCAAUACUUUUUGCGUAGGUGACGAGUUGGUUCAUUCGUGUAUUUAGGGUGCCCUCACAAAGGUGAUUAUGAAAAAAGUAUUACGGGAAUAUUUUUCUCAAAGUAGCUCUGAUUUUCGACUUGUUUGAUCAGAGUGUGAUGACUACUUGUCGCAAUGUUUUGAAAUAGUAUGAACCAAUUUUCGAAAGGGGGUAUAGUAGAGAAAUAUUUGAACUAUAAGCUUUGAUUAAGGCACAUGGCGACCUGAAUAUUCAUUAUUUUUUCUAAUUCUAAACGAUCACUUUCAAAAUAAAAUCUGACCAAAGGUUACUUUUUACUCACAAUCUUUGUGAGAUAAAAAGAACAAAAGGUUUAUUUUAUUUAUUGAUUUAAAAACGUUCUGUCCCUUCCCAAGGAAGUGAUUAUGAGAAAAACAAAAUUUUUAAACGGAGCUAACGUAGCGUUGUUCAAAAGGGUACCAACUAAUAAAAUACUAUGAAAUUGGUUAAGGGUGUCGUACUUUCAACAUUUUUUACGGCUCUGUAAUGUAUAAUGUUUGCGAACUUGUUUAUGUCGUAGACUUAAACAUUAUUUUAGCGCUGCAUAAAUGAUUGGAAAUAUUCAGUGAUCAGGCUAAAUUUGUGAUAAUGUUACAACUCCAGAGCAUUUCUAAGUUCGAAUUCGAAGUCUAUCUGAAGGAAACUCCAUCAGUUAAUUGAUGUUAUUUAUGUUAUGAGCCAGUAUAAUCAAUAGCGAUUGUACAUGCUGUGGUUAUACGAGUAUGCUCAUUAUAAUCUCUUAUAUUUUUUUGUCGUAAAGCCUAGCUCCUCAGGCACUAUAUUUUUCAGAUGCUUCAAUAUGUAAACCAUACUCUUAUUUCACCAUGGACUGUAAUACAUGUAGCUGUGAUAGAAGUGGGAAAGAAUAUUCAUGUACAAGAUUUAUUUGCCCAGUUAAGACUUACGAGGAGAGAUUCAUCAUCGAUAAAACUGAGGAUGGUCACACCUUGUUAAAACCAAGACCCAGGAAAGAGCAAGGAAUAGACAUAAACGAUGGCGAAUAUAUGUUCGUCGGUUCUACUAUUCACAGUAGGAAAAUAAGAGUUUCUCCAAAGUUUCGAUACACAGAUGACGAAGUUCCUUCAUCAGGGUCAGAUACCUAUAGUGAUGAAAUUGCAAAUCACAUGGAUAAUCAUAUUGAAGAACGUAAUGGAAAAGGAUAUAUAAGAUCACAUGAUGAAGAAAUGUUUACUGACGACGAAAAUUCUCAAGACUCAUCAUCAAUGGACGCAUGGAACAAAAAAUUACCUCACAGGUCUUAUAAAAAAAGAGAUUUAAAAACAUGAGGUACUAAUGUCUGUGGUUUUUAUACUUUUCUGCUUAAUAUUUUGUAAAUAUUUUCAUGAAAGUUGCUUUGAUAUUCUCUGUUUCCUAUGACAACUGCUGUUUUUGAUGUUAUAUAUUUGUACAGUUAUCAGGACAUAGUAUGUAUGUUCUUUCAAAAAGAAUUAAAGAUCAACAAAAAUCGACUAUGAGACGCAAAAAGAUUCUGUAGAAAAGCCUAGUGCGAGUACAGUCAACGACUUUUAAAAACUGCAUCAUGUUUAUUUACUGCCUCGUCACCAUCCAUACGUUAAGGUACGUUUCCAAUCUAAUGUCAGUUGCACACUCUCUGGCGAGUGCUUUCGUCAUGUUACACCGACGGCACUCAUGCAAGAGUUCGAAUGACGAGUGCAAUCUUUGUUUUCAACUCAACUUGUUAUGCCACCUGUACACUCUCGAAAAUCGAACUGAUUUAUGAACUCAAUCACUUGGAACUUAUAGCAGAUGAGGCGUGGCAAGUCAAUAGAAGUGGAAACGGAGGUAGCAUGUCGUGGUUGUUCCGAGGAAGACUCCUAUGUGUUUAGAAGCAGUAGAAACAAAAUGACAUAAAAAGUCCUUUAGAUUUAAGAAAUUGGUUUCGCUUCCAAUUGCAUCGGUUGUUAGUAAAUCUCUACAGCAUUACUAGAGUUUCAUAUUAUUAAACUCUUGUACAUCAGAUCACGGACAUCAAAACAACGACGAUGUACAUUCUGGCACUCGCGGUGCCUCGAGGAGAGUGUACAGCUGUCAUAACAAGUUCAGCUGAAGACACAUAUUGGUCUUGGGGUCUUCGCACACGCAUCGUAAGCGUAUCGUU